AUGUUUCCUCGCGCUGCUGCGCUGCCAGUGCCGCUUGCGAACAGCUGCUCCACUAAAGAGUUUCAAAAGAGAAAAUUUUAUGUGGCUACAGCAGAUUCUGAAGCGACUCGCUACCGACUUGGCUGUCGAUUAGUCCUCGCAUGGAGGGACCAUUGUGUGAGCUACGUGGAGCUCCAUUUUCGGAGUACAAGAGCGGUAGCUACCGAGUCCACUUCAAGUUUGGAGAGAGCUGCGAGGAAAAAUCAUUGCUGGAGGAACUACGCAUGGGGUGAGUGGUGGUGGGCGUGUAUAAACUUUGACAUCAGUGUUGUGUGGUCCACUCUAGAGGAAUGCCUUGCAAAGUUCCAAUCAUGCUACCGACACAAGUGCUUUGCUUUAUCAUCGCUAGCGUCAGCUAUGCCAAGCUGUAUAUGUGACAAUGGCGAUCAAGUUAACCUACUGAGAAUCUUAAGAAGGCAACCACUUCUAUAAUUGAGUUCCUUUUUGUCUAAUAGGCCAAAUGAUGUUGAGAGCACUGGUUUUUUAUGUGAUAAUAGUCGGGAUCAAAGCAUCUAUAGUGGACAAGGGAGAACAAGGUUUAUUUGUAAGAGAAACUUUGGACUCAAUUGUAAAUGCCAUAUACGCUUUAAUUGAUGGUAUUGGAACAGGGCCUA